ACCUACGCAUGCGUAGUAGAAUGUCUAGCAGAAAACGCAAACGAGUUGCCUUUGAAGACACCAUCGCGGAGAAAGAUGAUGACAUAGAACGUAACAGUCGCUUCAAAGAAAAACAUUCUUUAGACAGUGAUGAAGACGAGGAAUUGGAAGGUGAUCAUGAACGAGCAGAUCGUCUAGAGGAAGAAGACGUUGAAGGACAGGAAGAGAAAACUAUUGACUUUUCAGAGGGAGGAAUACGCGUAACGCCGUUUAAUCUUGAUGAAGAGAUGGAAGAAGGUCACUUUGAUGCUGACGGGCAUUACAUAGCAGAUAAAGACGCAGGAGCUGUAGAGGAUGGUUGGUUGGAGACAGUUGACUGGAAAGAAGUGCAUGAAAAGGCUACUGAAAGACAACUGGAUACCCUAGGUGGAGAAGAAGACGAAGUUGAGCAAGAGGAAGUUGUUGAUAGGCUGAAUAUAGUGAGAGGUAUUGUUGAGAUGAUGAAACCUGGAGAGACAGUUGCAAAGACAUUGAGACGAUUGGGAGGAUCAGAUAAAGGAAAGGAAGGAAGAGCAAACAAGAGAGGAAAAGCGUAUGAUCUGUUUGCAGAAGAAUUCGAGAAGGACGAAACAAAAGAUCAAAGUGAAUCAAAAGAGCUGAUGUUUCGACUAACAGAACUAGCAGAUCAACUAGUACAGCUUGGUUACGAUGAUAUUUAUGGAGACACGUAUGAAAAAUUGUCGUACCAGCUACGUCAAGAAAAUGACCAAAAGAAUUCAGAGGGAGAGACAGUGAGUGCUAUCAGUAGCUCAGAAGUUCUGUGGCAGUACAAAUGGCAGAAGAAUGACACCGACAUUCAUGGACCGUUUUCCAGCUCUCAGAUGCAAGAGUGGAUGGAGAAAGAGUAUUUUAAGGAUGGCAUUUGGGUAAAGAAGAUUGGUGAUGGAAAUCAGGAAUUUUACAGCUCUAAACGGAUUGACUUUAGUCUCUAUAUUGAUUAAUUAAUUACUAGCAGCUGUGGGCUUUAUAUACUACAAUGUGAUGUGCCAGCUGCAUAAACUGUAACCUAAUCUGGAUGUUAAUGACAGUGACUCAGACAGUGACUGAUAUGUGGACACCACUGUACUGUAGCUAGGAGAUAAUGCAUUUGUUGUAUUGUACUUUUGACUAGGCGAUUGACCUUUUUUGAUCUAUUGAUCGAUAUCUCUUGUUUUAUAAUGAUGGUGAUUGAAUUUUAUGAAUUGUCACGUGUACAA